GGUCUGAAAAUCUCCAGUCAAGCUUGUUGAACUUCAGGAAUGACACGCUAUACAAUUUAUUAGUUUUCAUUGAGCUGGCCUAAAGCAUUUGAUUUCCUCCAUUCAGUUUACAGUCAUGGAUCACUUGGAUGGCACAGGCCAGGAGAGAAGACAUCUUAGCGCCACUGGUAAGACAUUGUGUGACUUCUAAAGAUGUGAGUUAAAUCAAUUUAGUUCGCACUGAUUUUUAAGAGGUGCACCAAUUAAGAGCCACGUAUAGAGACUAGUCAUGUAUCUGUUGUGUCUAGUCUGUUGAUGUGUUAUAGGGUACGUGCAAAUUUGUGUAAAACAGAGUAGCUUGCCCGUGGUUGUCACAUAUUUUUUCCAAUGUGGUUUGGUUCCAAAAUUCAUAUAUGUUGUUUCUAAACUUGAUUCUGGUAAGUUAAGUAGGUUUAAUUAAGACAGACACAAUAAUAUAGUUUAAAAAAAUAAAAUUUACAUUUUUAGUAUGAAUGAUUUCUUUCCUCCUAAUUCACAAUGACAUCAUCCCAUCCACGUUUACUUAACCAAACCAUGACAACCACAAAUGAUAUGACAACCACAAAUGUUAUGACAACCACAAAUGAUAUGACAACCACAAAUGAUAUGACAACCACAAAUGAUAUGACAACCACAAAUGAUAUGACAACCACAAAUGAUAUGACAACCACAAAUGAUAUGACAACCACAAAUGAUAUGACAACCACAAAUGAUAUGACAACCACAAAUGAUAUGACAACCACAAAUGAUAUGACAACCACAAAUGAUAUGACAACCACAAAUGAUAUGACAACCACAAAUGAUAUGACAACCACAAAAGAUAUGACAACCACAAAUGAUAUGACAACCACAAAUGAUAUGACAACCACAAAUGAUAUGACAUCCACAAAUGAUAUGACAACCACACAUGAUAUGACAACCACAAAUGAUAUGACAACCACAAAUGAUAUGACAACCACAAAUGAUAUGACAACCACAAAUCAUAUGACAACCACAAAUCAUAUGACAACCAAAAAUCAUAUGACAACCACAAAUGAUAUGAAAGCGGCGAGGAUAUUAUGCUUUUUUCUGUCCGGAAUUUUUGUGUGUGUUGUGUCAAGCUAUGCAUGUCUAGUUUGUAGAAAUGUUAUGAGAUAAACUGGGACGUACACUGUGAGCACAUGCACACGUUAUGGGUACGUGCGCCUGUGUUGAAUAUAUUCAUUUACAAGUUUAUUUGGUUUCAUAAAUGUAAAACCUUUAGAAACUUUUAAAGGGCUUUUAAAUAUAGGCUCUGGCUUUCUAUUUAAGGAAGGGCUCUAGCUUUCCAUUUAGUGAUAUGGGCUCCAGCUUUCCAUCUGGGGAUGGGAUCUGGCUUUUCAUUUAGGGAUGGUCUCUAGCUUUCCAUCUAGGGAUGGGCUCUGUCUUUCUAUCUAGAUUGGAAAAAAUGUGAGGGUAGCAGUUUUAAAAAAAAUGCUUGUACUCUGUUAAUACAGAUUUAAAAAAAAAUCCAAUUUUUCUUAAAAUCACACAUUUUACUAUAAUUCUGACCCUUUUGUUUUAGCUACAGUAUAUGUCCAUGGAUUCUCUCCCAGGAAUUCAGAUGUGUCACCGGAAGUCGCAUUAUUCCCACCUGGUAAAGUAAAAAGACUUAACUUAGUAUGCUAUCUUAACUUGUGGGAAAACAGUUUCCUGCGACAUUUAUACGUCUCCUCCUAUGGGAAAAGAAUUGCCCAAGAUUUCUUAAUGUCUUCUCUUCUUGGAAAAUAGUUGCCUACUAUCUCUUCAUGUCUUCUCUUAUGGGCUAACAGUUUCCUACGGUUUCUUAACGUCUCCUCUUAUUGGAAAACAGUUGCCUACGAUCUCUUCAUACUCCCUCGUAAUGGGCAAACAGUUGCCUACAAUUUCUUCAAGUCUCCUCCUAUGGGUAAACAGUUGCCUACAAUUUCUUCAAGUCUCCUCCUAUGGGCAAACAGUUGCCUACAAUUUCUUCAAGUCUCCUCAUAUUUAGGCUCAUUUCUUUUGAAUGUCUAAUGCAUUUUAUAAUAAAAAUCUAAUUGAUGUUUCGAUUAGCAUUUGUGUUUUUUAACUUUUCUUCCCAUUUGUCCGUGUCACAAAAAUAGGUUCUUAUUACAUUUUUAAAAAAAUCUUUAAUGCAACUGAUUAGACGUCGUUUUAAGCCCAUACAUAUUUCAAUGCAUUUCGCUUGUCUUAUAUUUGAACCAUGUUCUUCAUUUAGCCCGUCCAAGUGACCAUAUCAACAUACUUGAAGGGGGACCCAGACUCCCGAGUGCCCACAUCAACAUACUUGAAGGGGGACCCAGACUCCCGAGUGCCCACAUCAACAUACUUGAAGGGGGACCCAGACUCCCGAGUGCCCACAUCAACAUACUUGAAGGGGGGCCCAGAGAGCACAGAACAACACGAAUGACUUCGGCACCACUUGAACAACGACCGCCUUUGCACCAAUUAAAUGAACACCACCCACUAACAUCAAAUCAAGUAAUCGUGAAGUCUCAGAGUUUGUCAAUAGAUUGUGGUAUGUAUAAUUUGGAAAGUAAUUAAUUCAAUAUUUAGAAACAAUUAAAAAAUUGUAAGUCCAAUAACAAUAUGUUAAUUCUUGAGAAGAAUUGUUGGGUUGUGCGUAUGUGUAUGUUUGUAUAAAUGUUUAUGUUUGCAAAUACGUGUAUGGUUUAUACACGCUUAUGUUUGUAUAUAAGUAUAUGUGUAAUUUGUAAAUAAAUAAAUAUAUACAUGUAUACCGGUAUAUAAAUAAUUAUAUAUUAUUUAUGUAUGGUUGCAUACAUGUGUAUGUUUGUGUAUUUUGUAUGUUUGUACAAUGUCCAUGUUUGUUAAGGGUUAAGAAAUUGUCUACCGUAACUUAAAUACAAUUUCAAAAGUAUUAUUUUCUAUAUUUUUGGAUUGUCGUUACCCACAAUGCAGUGUGAACUAUUCUCACAGGGUAGAUUGUAAACUAUAUUAUAUGCAAGGAAUUUUUUCCCCCAAAAAAUUAAUUAGAUCUAAUUACUAACCAAUGUAUUGAAUUAAUUUAAGUAAUAAAGCUUUUUUUUAUUUUAGGGGAGCCUACUGCACCAAGAAUUUUUAGUCCGAUCAGAGGAAGGGGGAAGAACCGAUCUACCAAGAGUUCAGUGAUUGGACAUACUCAAAAGGUAGUGUGAAUGUAAUACUAACUUACUGUGAUCCUUUUAAAAUGUGAUUGCAGUAAUUUAAAGCUUGCUGAUAGGGAACAUGAUGUAUUGUUUCUGCCAAGCUAUUUAUCAGUUAAUGGAACUGUAUCUACAAUAGUAACUAUGUUAGGGAGAGUUUAUCUGCAUUACUGAAAAUUGCUUUAUGAUUAUCGAUCUGUAGACUAUUUUAUUUAUUGAAAUCAUUUUAAAAGGAAUAUUAUAAUUGGUUAAGUUAUGUCUAUAUAAAUAUGGUUAAUGAUUGACAGAAGCCAAUGCGAGGUCGACUGAAGCCAAGACAUCAUCAAGUCAUACUACAAAACUACGAAUAUCUGAAGCUUGAAAUCGACGCAAGGCACAUUACGGGGCAUAUGGUUUCAAACUUCGCCAUCAGCCUAGACGACAAGGAGGAGAUCAACGCAAAGACAACACAGUCGGGCAGGACCGAGUGCUUCCUGGACAGGUUGUUGGUGUCGGGGCGCGGUCAGUCUUUUGACACAUUCAUGGACGCCUUGAGGCGUAAUAACUACGUCAAUGCCCACAGAAAGAUAAGACAAGACUUACAAAAACUGGGACAGCCUUAAACAAAAAAGUGCUUACAUUUAAUAACAUGGACACUUACGACCACGGUGACAUAAGGAUCGAAGAUUUACAAGAAUGUUUUUAAUACUACCCUGUCCAAGUCUAGAAUUAAAGCUUCCAGGAGAUUGGCUCUAAUUUAGACAUGGGAUAUAACUUCAUGAUCCAGGUGUCUAAGAAAAAUUAAUUAUCCAUGUGUCUUGAAAAAAUGUCAUUACCGAGUAGUCUAAAAAAAACCAAAAGAACUUUAUUAUCCAGGUGUCUAAAACUUACUGAUCAAGGUGUAUUAAAUAAUAUUCCUUUUCCAGGUGUCGAAAAAUGUCUUUUGAUGAUUAGAAAAUGUGGACACUAAUAACACCUUAUAAAUUCAAGACAUUUGGAUACCUCACAUAUUUGUGGAACCUUGAUUCCGCUGCAUAAAGCAGCUCGCAAAUUUUAACAUAUAUUAUGGAUUUCACUCGCGCGUCCUGUCAUUCGCGAGUUUUAGAUCUUCCACUGAUAAUUAUUGAUUAAUCAUCAAUUUUAAGGCAUUUUCCCCAACGGAUGCUAUAAUUAGAAUUGUCUUUACUGACAUCAUUAUCUUUUGUAAAUGAAAUGAAAGAACAAGGUAUGGUAAACUUGAAUAAAUAGACAGGACAAAUGAUUUGGAAGUUUUGGCUUAGAGCCUUCAUCAGCAAACAAAACAUCUUUUGUAACCCUGUGUGUUCGAUAUAUUCUAAGCGUUGUGUGCAAAGUUGAAACGUAAAUCUAUACGAUUGAAGUAGUGCUCUCGUAAAAUGAUGUGAGACAAGGAACUAGUAUUGUACAGCUUUAUCCAUCCCUGUAAUAAUGGCGCCCAUCGCCAACAGCGAUGUUAAUACAUCAAAUUUGGUCGAUAAUGAUAUCAUGUAAUGAUAUGGGAUGGGACGUAGGAAAAGUAAUAAUAUAUGUCAAGGCCAGUAGGCAGGGUGAUUUUAUGUUUGAUGUGCAGUUGGCAAGGUGAGUUGAUAUUUGAUAGGCGUUUGGAAGUGUGAUCCGGUGUUCAAUGGGCAGUAAGCAUGGUGAUCUGAUAUUCAAAGAGCAGCAGGAAAGGUAUUCCGAUGUUUGAUAGGCAUUUGAAAAGGAGAUCUGACCUUCUUUAUGGGCUGUAGGCAAGCUGACCUGAUGUUUAAUGGGCAGUAGGAAAGGUGAUCUGAUGUUUUAAGGGUAGAAGGCAACGUGAUCUGAUGUUUUAUGGGCAGUAGGCAAUUGAUCUAAUGUUUAAUGAGCAGUGUGCAAAUAGAUCUGCUUCUUGGGGGACUUCUAGAUGUGUGAGAUACAAUGGAUACGAAUGCUUGAUGUGCUAAUGGUCAGUGGGUUAGAUUCUCUAAUGAGUGAUUGACAUUUUGUACUCAUGUUUUCCAUAGCCAGAGGGAAAUGUCUUCUCACUUUCAUUUAUUUUCUUUAGAUUAGAGGUUUUCUUUUUUUUUUUUUUUUAAUAAAUCAACGAAUAAAAACAGUUUUAAGUAAAUAACAUUUAAAAUUUCGGAGAGACACAUGUUGGAAGUCUGAUGAUCUCCAUGUACCUGUUACCCAUGUACCUGUUACCCGUGUACCUGUUACCCGUGUACCAUGUUACCCGUGUAUCUGUUACCCGUGUAUCUGUUACCCGUGUACCUGUUACCCGUGUACCUGUUACCCAUUUACCCGUGUACCCGUUAACCGUGUACCUGUUACUCGUGUACCUGUUACCCGUGUACCUGUUACCCGUGUACCUGUUACCCGUGUACCUGUUACCCGUGUACCUGUUACUCAUGUAUCUGUGUACCUGUUACCCGUGUACCCGUUAACCGUGUGCCUAUUACCCGUGUACCUGUUAACCGUGUACCUGUUACUCGUGUACCUGUUACCCGUGUACCUGUUACCGGUGUACCUGUUACUCGUGUACCUGUUACCCAUGUAAUUUAAUUAAUUUUUCAUCAGUUACAAGAGGGGUUCUUUUAAUGAUUUGGUCCAAAGAUGAUAUAGAAGUCACCAUUUUGUGUUGACUAUGAUAAUAUAGAUACCACCAUUUUGUGUUGACUAUGAUAAUAUAGAAGUCACCAUUUUGUGUUGACUAUGAUAAUAUAGAUACCACCAUUUUGUGUUGACUAUGAUAAUAUAGAUGUCACCAUUUUGUGUUGACUAUGAUAAUAUAGAUAUCACCAUUUGUGUUCUCGUUUACCAACAAUAAAAUCUACUGAAAUAAAUAGUUAAUUUUGCAUUGUGGUCACUUAUUUAUUUGUAUUUUUAAUAAAAUAUAACAAAAACAA